AUGUACUUUUACCCAAGUGUACAUUUCACGGAGCUGAUCCUGGCAGAGGACGGCUGCGUGCGCGUCUUGGACCGCUCCAGCAACGGCGCCCUGGCCACCCGUUUUGCGUUUUCUCUCGCGGCGCGGGGCCAAAAGGAGGUCCGGAGCACGUUCCUCAACGGGGAGCAGCUGCGGAAGGGCACCCCGACGCAGCUCAAGGAGGGCGAUGUCAUCUCCUUCAGCGAAAACGCCCAGCGCCCGGGCUACGUCUUUCUGGUCUUCGAGACCUUGGCCAUGGCGAAGCUGGAGGCCCUCAAGACCGAGGUCCAGGAGUUCCAGGUGCCAAGCUACCCGAAGCGCAAACGAGCAGAGGAGGUGGUUGACGCUCCGAGUUUCACUGGGGGGGGCCUCGAGGGUCAGGCGCACGCCUUCAAAGCUAAGGCGGUGCUGUGCCCAGACCUCUUGGAAGAACUCCUGGCAGAGGAGCUGCGCUCUUCGAACGAGGAUAGCUUUGACCUCUUUGGCGACGGCGCCGGAGCGGAAGCGGAAGCGGCUGCCCUCGCGGUGGAAGCGCGGCUUGAGACCCUGGCUGGGAGGCUCUGUGUGUCGGACCUGCCUACGCGGUAUCGCUCCCCGGCCUGGUUCCUUGUCAAGGAGGUGGCUGGCAUGGCCAUCCCCUUGGUACUUGGCUGCUCCAAGCAAGGUCACGGCGAUGUGAUCUGGGCCUCCGCAGAAUUCGCAGCUGCCGCGCUCAUCAACGGUGAGUUGAAGGAGCUGCCCAAAUGGCCUUGCCGCGUGCUGGAGGUGGGCGCCGGCGUGGGUUUGCCCUCCGCCGCUGCGGCGCGCUUGGGCGCGGAGGCGCGGAUCGAGGUGGUGGCCACGGACAUCCGGGACCACGAGCGCCUCCUGGCGCUGGCCACAUCUUUGGAGCUGAACCUGCGCCUGGCGCCAGAAAGCGCGCGGGCCCGUGUUUUGCCCCACCGCUGGGGCAGCGGCUGCGACGCCCUGUGUGAAGGAGGUCUAUUUGACCUCGUCCUUUGCAACGACUGCCUGUACAUCCCGGAUCUGCACAGGCCUUUGUUGCAGAGUCUCUUCCAGUGCCUCUCACCCACUGGCACCGUGCUGGUCUGCUUCUCGUUGCACAGGACCGCCCCUGACUCAGCGAUCCUGGGCUUCUUCGACCUCGCGAAAGACAUGGGCUUCCAGGUGGAGCACUUCGGCGAGCGUCAGCUGCCGCCGCGCUGCAGCAACAUGCCCUUGGAGCGGAGCUACGUCUAUGCGAGAACGAUGCAAAAGCUGCCAUAGACGACCAGGAGCCCCGAGCACGCCUUGCUCCGCGGAGAUCCCGCGGAUCCCUCCGAGCGAAAGGAA